AACAAAUAAUACCCGCUCAGUGCAAACGGAUCUGAGCGACCCCUCUUCAACCCCCCAAUUUUCGAAUCAGACGCCACCACGUCGAAAUUUUUGCCCAGAGCGCUCUGGGUGCGCAGGUCGCCGUUCAGAAGUACUUUGAGAUAUCGAUAUCCGUUGGUCAGAAUGGCUACCAACGCUGCGUCGGCGAACCCAAGUAGGAAAACUGCCCCUCAAUCACUUGCGAUAUGGCUUCUAAUUCACAAUUGAAAUAGUUGGUGAGCCAACAGGACCUGUGUCUGGACCACCACCCCCAGUUUCAGACGAGACCAAAGUAGCCGUAGCAGAAGCCGCCAAAUCAUCACCCACAGGAUCGCAUGUACCGGGCGAGGAUGCAGGCAGUAAGGUUGGCACCGCAGAAGUCGGAGAGGGCGAGAAGAAAGUAAAAAGCGAGAAAGAAUGUAGGUAGAUCUAUAUCGUGUCAUAUUGGAAGCUUAUCAGAACAUAAUCCACAACCGAAUUUACAAUUGAAUUUGUGUUGACUCAUUGCACGAAUAGUAGAGCGAGAGCGCAAGAAAGCCGAAAAGCAGGCUAAAUUUGAUCAAAAGAAAGCCAAAGUCGCUUCCAAAGCAGCCGCCCCCACGACUAGCAAGAGCAAAGAGAAGAAGGCCAAGGCGGAAAAAAAGGCUGAAGAGGAUGUCUUGCCAGCAUAUGUUGAAGAAACACCUGCCGGGCAGAAGAAGAGUAAGACGGUCCACCAGAUCUACGAGAUCCUAGGAAUGGAGAGGCUGACCAAUUUACAGUUAUCAAAUCUUUCGAUGAUCCUCAGUACAAAGCCUACAAUCCUAUCGCCGUCGAAUCUGCGUGGUAUUCCUGGUGGGAAAAGGAGGGGUUCUUCAAGCCUGAAUUCACACAAGAUGGUAAGGUGAAGCCUGAGGGCUCCUUUAUCAUUGUGGAGCCACCUCCCAAUGUCACGGGAAAUCUUCAUAUGGGUCAUGCUCUGGGCAAUGCGCUUCAGGAUGUGAUGAUCAGAUGGAACCGUAUGCACGGCAAGACCACCUUAUGGCUUCCUGGUUGCGAUCAUGCCGGUAUCUCGACACAAAGUGUGGUUGAAAACAUGUUGUGGCGCCGUGAGAAAAAGACCCGUCAUGAUUUGGGAAGACCAGAGUUUGUGAAAACCGUUUGGGAGUGGAAGGAAGAAUACCACCACCGAAUCAACACUGUUUUGCGAAGAAUGGGCGGCUCGUUUGAUUGGACUCGUGAAGCUUUUACCAUGGACCCAAAUUUUGCUGGUGCUGUAACCGAAACAUUCGUUACUUUACACGACGAGGGCAUCAUUUACCGGGCAAACCGACUCGUAAACUGGUGUACACAACUGAACACGGCCUUGUCAAACCUCGAAGUCGACAACAAGGAGUUGACUGGUCGCACUCUACUCGAUGUACCAGGUUACGAUAAGAAGGUUGAGUUUGGUAUCAUUGUCCACUUCAAAUAUAAGAUUGAAGGAUCGGACGAGUUGAUCGAGGUUGCAACCACCCGUCCUGAGACCAUGCUUGGAGAUACGGGUGUUGCUGUUCAUCCUGAUGAUGGGCGGUAUAAACACCUUGUGGGAAAGAAUGCUAUUCAUCCCUUUAUCGAAGGCCGCCUCAUGCCAAUUGUCGCUGACGACUACGUCGACAAGGAGUUUGGUACUGGUGCGGUAAAGAUCACUCCUGCCCAUGAUCCAAACGAUUUUGCACUGGGUACAAGACACAAAUUACAGUUUAUCAACAUCUUGACAGAUGACGGUAUGAUGAAUGAGAAUACUGGUCCAUACGCUGGUCAAAAGAGGUUUGAUGUCCGAUAUACUAUCCAAGACGAUUUGAAAAAGGCUGGAUUGUAUGUCGACAAGAAGGAUAAUCCUAUGUCCGUCCCUCUCUGUAGUAAGUCAAAGGAUGUGAUCGAGCCACUCAUGAAACCACAGUGGUGGAUGAAGAUGUCAGAGAUGGCGGACGCGGCCCUGAAGGUUGUGACCUCAGGAGAGAUCAAGAUUUUGCCUGAAACUGCCGAGAAGAGCUACAUAAGAUGGAUGUCGAACGUGAAUGAUUGGUGUCUAUCCAGACAACUCUGGUGGGGUCACCAAGCACCAAUGUACUUUGCUGAAAUCUAUGGCGAAGAGCAUGAUAGAGCAGAUGGAAAGCUCUGGUUUGCUGGCAGAACCGAGGAAGAAGCAUAUGAGAAAGCUGCAAAGGCAUUGCCGGGAAAGAACUUCGUACUCAAAAGAGAUGAGGACGUACUAGACACAUGGUUCUCAUCUGGUCUUUGGCCAUUUGCAACAUUGGGUUGGCCCAAUAAGACUCACGACCUCGAAACCUUGUUCCCCACGAGUGUUUUGGAAACCGGCUGGGAUAUUUUGUUUUUCUGGAUCGCUCGUAUGAUCAUGUUCAGUCUAAAGCUGACCGGAAAGGUGCCAUUCACUGAAGUAUAUUGUCACUCGUUGAUUCGCGACUCAGAAGGCCGAAAGAUGUCGAAAUCACUGGGCAAUGUCAUUGACCCACAAGAUGUUAUCGAGGGUAUCACUUUGAAUGACCUUCACCAAAAGCUCUUGCUUGGCAACUUGGCCCCAGCGGAAGUUGAGAAGGCAAAGAAGUACCAGAAAUCUGCUUUCCCGGAUGGUAUCCCCCAAUGCGGCACAGAUGCACUCCGAUUUGCCCUGGUUUCCUAUACUACCGGUGGUGGGGAUAUUGCUUUUGAUGUUCGCGUCAUUCACGCUUACCGUAAAUUCUGUAACAAGAUUUACCAAGCAACCAAAUACGUGUUGGGUAAAUUGGAUGCCGACUUUGUACCCCUGAAGCAGGGCGGAAUCACAGGGAAAGAGUCCCUCUCAGAACGAUGGAUUCUUCACAAGCUAACAAUCGCUGCAAAAAACGUCAACCAAUCUCUCGGAGACCGGGAAUUUAUGCGCUCAACAACUUUCGUCUACCAGUACUGGCUCAACCAACUCUGUGAUGUUUAUAUUGAGAACUCAAAGGCAAUCCUGCAAGAUGGCACCGCAGCGGAGAAGCGGUCGGCCCAAGACACCUUGUACACAGCCCUUGAAGGUGGGUUGACAAUGAUUCAUCCAUACAUGCCAUACUUGACCGAAGAGUUAUGGCAGAGAUUACCUCGUCGUCCCGAUGACAAAACACCUUCGAUUGUCCUUGCCAAAUAUCCUGUCUAUGACGCAAAGAUGGACGACGCAAAAUCUGAGGACGCCUAUGAGCUGGUAUUGAACAUAUCCAAAGGCAUCCGGUCAUUGAUGGCAGAAUACUGUCUCAAAGAUGAGGGCAAAGGUUAGUUUUCAUCCUAAAAGUUCCUCCCCGCAGCGAUCUAACCACAGUAGUUUUCAUCCAAACCAACGAUACUACCUCUCAUGAUACUGCCACCGCCCAGACACAAUCCAUCAAAUCUCUCUCUGGCAAAGGUGUGGCAUCCAUCACUAUCCUACCCCCAGGCUCUCCUCGCCCCGCAGGUUGCGUAAUCUUCACAGUCUCUGCAUCGUCCGCGGUGUUCCUUCAUGUCAAAGGUCGCGUCGACAUUGAUGCCGAAAUCUCUAAAGCCUCCAAGAAGCUCCAGAACACCCAGAAGGCUAUUGAGAAGCAAAAUAAGAUCCUGGGUGACGAGGGCUACAAAGAGAAAGCCAGCGAAGAGUUGCAAAAGGUUGAACAAGGAAAGUUGAAGGAUCUUGAGAGCGAGGCCACGGGAUUUUCGGAAACCAUUGCUCAGUUCGAGACUCUUAAGUUGGAGGCUUAAAUUCCCGAUGAGAUGUAUGCUUACAACUUUGGAGGUUAUUUCUGGCAGCUCCAGUCAUCUACUGUAUGACAAAGUAAGUGGUUUCUCUCACUAAAGAUUAGAACAUAAUAAGAUUUCCCAUAGUCCUUUUUCGUCUCCAGAUAUGAGGUGUAACGUCAGUGUGUGUGAGUAUAAUCUUCCGAUAAGAGCUUGGUUGGUUCACAGUGGCCAGGCUGGGUCAGAAACAUCGGUAACUCUGGAGAAUAGAGCGAUUAAAAAGUGACAGUCUCAAAAAGGCCCCUGUGUGGUAUCAGCCCCCCUUCCUUUGGACACACCGCUGUCCAGUAGACAGUUGCGUAGUUACGUGGGCAAAAAAGGACUCUCAACAUUAGCUACCCCCAAAAAAAAAGCUCAAAAAAAAAGGCAAAUCCUUUAGACCCCCUCCCAGUGGGAGGCAGUGGGAGGGGGCCUCAGGAGAAAUCCCCCUUCCAUCAGGGAUUUUUUUCUUUCAAGUUCAAUCAAGUUGAAGUUGGGCCGGAAACAGCUUAGGGGGCGAGGCGAUGAUGGAUGAACACCCCCUAACUGAUUGGGCCAGGCGGCAGUUAGCCCAAUCUUGAUGGUAACGGACGUGUUAUUUGGGGAUAUGAAUGUUGUUUUGCGAUUUGUGUGAGGGUUUGGAUAAGCGAGAGGUUGUGAUUGGGCAGGUUGGUG